AUGUCGUCCAUCUCCCCUCGACAUAUCCAGGAUUUCAACGAUGCGGCCGGUCUCGAGCCUCACUGGGGCUAUGCGGACCGUGUCAUCCCCUGCACCAGUGAUGCAGGGAGCUGCGAGUACCUCGACAUCGUCUACUGGGCGCAUGAUGUGGGGAUGCUGUACAUGGGAGCGAUGUGGGCGGUGAUCAUCGGCGGGUUGAUGGUAUGGGGCUUUCUCUACCGCACAAGGGUGUCCCAAUCUCGGCUCGGCGCGACCAUCUCUUCCUUCACUACUCGCCACUUCCUCCCUGAGCUUCGGCCCCUUCGCUUCCUGUUUGGCCGCACCACCCGCCUGCAAAUCGCAGCCCUCGCCCUCAUCAUCACCUACCUCUCGGUCUUUUCCUUCGCUGGCAUCGUCUACAAGAGCUGGAUCACCCCCGUCAAGAAUAUGCCGGGGGUGUACAACACCCGCUCUUCCCUCGGACCAUGGUCGGACCGCAUCGGCGUCAUUGCCUACGCCCUCACUCCAGUCUCUAUCCUCCUCGUCAUGCGCGAAUCCCUCCUCUCCGUCAUCACCGGCGUCCCCUACCAGCACUUCAACUUCCUCCACCGCUGGACCGGUCACAUCAUCCUCCUCCAGUCCGUCCUCCACACUAUCGGCUGGUGUCUCGUCGAGAUCCGGUUCUACCAACCCCAGCCAUCGGUCGCUGUCACCUGGAUCAAGCAGACCUACAUGAUCUGGGGCGUCGUUGCUCUCAUCUUCCUUCUGCUGCUCUGGGGUCUGGCCACUCGUACAGCCCAAAGAGCAUUUGGGUACGAAUUCUUCCGCAAGGCGCACUAUGUCCUCGCCAUGCUCUAUAUUGGCGCCAUCUACGCCCACUGGUCCGCUCUCGGGUGUUUCCUCAUCCCCUCCAUCCUGCUGUGGGGUAUCGACCGGGCCAUCCGCCUAGGUCGUACCGCACUCAUCCACUACCACCUCUUACCUGACGGACGCGGCGUCUUCUCCUCCCUUCCCUCCAAAAUCACCCACUACGGCGAGGACAUUCUCCGGAUCGACCUCAUCAACCCCAACCCCACCUCCUGGGCCAUCGGUCAACACUUCUACCUCACCUUCCCCCAAUCCUCCAUCUGGCAAUCCCACCCCUUCACCCCUCUCUCCCUCCCCGGUCCACGCCACUCGUACCUCAUCCGAGCGAAACGGGGCGAAACCCAGAAGGUCACGGCGUUCCAGGGCGACUCGACCCCGGUCAUCCUCACCGGUCCAUACGGCGCCGACAUCAUGCGCGGCGUCUCGGGCACUUCAAACAUCCUCUGCGUGGCGGGCGGGACGGGGAUCACAUUCGUACUGCCCGUCUUGAUGCAGCUGGCGCAGCGGGGAGAAGGCGAAGGGAUACUGCACCUGGUCUGGGCGGUCAGGCGGAAAGAGGAUGAAGAGUGGAUCGCGCCGGAGCUCGAAUUCCUCCGUCGGUCUCCUCGUGUUCGCGUCACAGUCUACUCUACCCGCUCACCUCCCUCCACUCCCGCAUCCGCCGAAACUCCCGGCCCGUCCGAGAAGAACGCGUGCUUUGACCGUUCGGACUCCUCUUCGUCAUCGGCCGAGAAGGGGUCCAACAUGCCCACCCUGGACCACUCUGCUCGGCCGGAUAUCCACCAGAUCACCCGUGACUUUGCGGCGCAGGCGGCGGGCGGGGAGAUCAAGGUGUACGUCAGCGGACCGAGCGGGAUGAUCACGGCGGCAAGGGAAGUGGUGGCGGAUCUGAAUGACCCGAGGGGAGUCUGGAGAGGGGAGCGGAAGCCAGUAGAGAUGAUUUAUGAUGAUCGGUUGGAGUAA